CAAUCCCAGCCUGGGGUCCUCGGGGUCAGGGGGGCAUGCUCUGACUGCGGACAGCUGGAGACAGGGAACUCGCCGCCCGGCACCGGCAGUCCUCCCUUCACGGCCCUGACGCUCCAACCAGCCAGUCAGGACGCCUGACCGCCCAGCUCUCCACCACCCCAGCUUCCGUCACCUGCGUGCCCCGCCCUCUCUGCGUGCCGCGUCAUCAUCUGGCGCCCCCGCCCGGACGUACGAGAAGCAACGGCGCAGCGCGGUGCGGCGCAGCUCCGGCUCCCCUUUCCCCCUUGACGGGCGAGAGGUGUCUAUGGGGCACCCGCCGCCGCCGCCGCCGCCGCCGCUGCCGCCACCGCCGCCGCCGCUGGGUGCUGUCUCUAUGGCGAGGAGGAGGAGGAGGAGCGCGAGCUCAGCGACACAAGUACAUAAAUAAAGGAUAAAGUAUUUUACGAAACAAAUCUUCAAUCAAGUAUAACAUUUUGAUGCUUGGCAGCUAGACUCCUUGUGCCCUCACUAUGCCAGCGGCAACUGUAGAUCAUAGCCAAAGAAUUUGUGAAGUUUGGGCUUGCAACCUGGAUGAAGAGAUGAAGAAAAUUCGUCAAGUUAUCCGAAAAUAUAAUUACGUUGCUAUGGACACCGAGUUUCCAGGUGUGGUUGCAAGACCCAUUGGAGAAUUCAGGAGCAACGCUGACUAUCAGUACCAGCUACUGCGGUGUAAUGUGGACUUGUUAAAGAUAAUUCAGCUGGGACUGACGUUCAUGAACGAGCAAGGAGAAUACCCUCCAGGAACUUCAACUUGGCAGUUUAAUUUUAAAUUUAAUUUGACGGAGGACAUGUAUGCCCAAGACUCUAUAGAGCUACUAACAACAUCUGGUAUCCAGUUUAAAAAACAUGAGGAGGAAGGAAUUGAGACCCAGUACUUUGCAGAACUUCUUAUGACAUCAGGAGUAGUCCUCUGUGAAGGGGUCAAAUGGUUAUCAUUUCAUAGUGGUUAUGACUUUGGCUACUUAAUCAAAAUCCUGACCAAUUCUAACUUGCCUGAAGAAGAACUUGACUUUUUUGAGAUCCUUCGAUUGUUUUUUCCUGUCAUUUAUGAUGUGAAGUACCUCAUGAAGAGCUGCAAAAAUCUCAAAGGUGGUUUACAGGAAGUCGCUGAACAGUUGGAGCUGGAACGGAUAGGACCACAGCAUCAGGCAGGAUCUGACUCGUUGCUCACAGGGAUGGCCUUUUUCAAAAUGAGAGAAAUGUUCUUUGAAGAUCAUAUUGAUGAUGCCAAAUACUGUGGCCAUUUGUAUGGCCUUGGUUCUGGUUCAUCCUAUGUACAGAAUGGCACAGGGAAUGCAUACGAAGAGGAAGCCAACAAGCAGUCAUGACAUGAAAUAGUUCUGUUCAUUUUAUUUGAGCUACACACAUGCUUGUACAUAGGUUUUAUCUCUGGUUGAAUCCCUUGAACAAUAGACAUUUUUUUUUUUCUUCCAUAGCUCAUUUUCUGCCUUUCAGUACUAAGUAUGACCAUUCCUAUCUCAGAUCUUAAUAAAUAGAAAAGCAUUCAGGUUAAAUCUGGCCUUAAUAUACUUGUUAGUAGGCGUGUGUGACAGAGUGGGGAAGGCUAUUCAGUACAUCAUAUUGAACACUUUGAUUACCAUUACUUGAGCUUGGCUUGUUUUUUCCCUUUCCUAAAUUAACUAGCACUGACUGUAAUUUAUUUCCCUGUUUCAUGUCUCCCUUCCAUUCUGCAGGAGUUUUAGCUAUUUGAGAUUGUGGACCAUCAAUUUUGCACUUUAGAGAGUGAUUCUGACUCAAAUCCUCUGUUUUAUCAGCAGUUUUGGCUUUUCUUGCUCUUAGCUGGAAAAAUGACCAUCUGCCAACUUUAUACAGUAUUUACUUGCUUUUGACCCACCGAAUAUAGAAAAUGCAUUGUGCAAAUGGUUGAUUCAGCAAGACUACAAAAAAAAAAAAAAAAAAAAAGACAAAAAAACUACUGAGGAGCUUAGUAACUGCUGUUUCUGUACGUAGUACUUAAUCUCCCAAGCACAUCUAGUGUCUGUCAGUUUCUAAUUGGCAUGUGUAGGCUGCUCUGUGACUGAAGAAUUUUUCAAACCAGCUUUACACCCUUCAGGAAAAAUCCUUUGUGAUUGGAUGUUUAGUGUCUGCCCGGAAACUGGUAUCCAAGAUGUUGAAGCUGCAGUUAUUUUAUGAUAGCACACUUCCCCUGAUCUGCUUCUUUUUAUUCCAUCGCUAUUUACCCUUAUUUUUAAUUUUUUAAAAUUUUAUAGCCAUACUUAAUGAUGCUCUUGAUUUGUUGAUUACACAAAUCAAUUUCAUUAAAAUCCAAAGAUUGCAAGUCUUUAGGUAUAUUUUGUACCAGAUUAAAUUAGAAGACAAAAAAUUUGUGCUUUCAUAGUUGCUACAACGAUAAAUAAUGGAGAGAUUUGGUGCAAAACAACAAAAUACAAAAAAUAUAAAUUUAUUAGCUAUAUACAGUGUAGCUAAUAAAAUUACCUGAGGAGUGUAAUGCUUGUUUAUUUUUGUGUAUAUCUUUGCAAUCUAUUUUAUAUAUAUUGACAAAAGAGACUGUGAAAUAUAUAGCCAUGCAGAAUACGUGACCAGAUCAGAGCAUGUGUAGGAAGACACUUUGGUAAUCAUUAACUCUGCCCUGAAAUGAUGGACUACAAGUUAUGAUGUGUGUUAUCUGCACUUCAAUCAGUAGUAUUAGCAAAUCUCCAAAUGUUAGCCACAUUGGUUUGUUUCCCUUGUACAUUCUUUAUUCAUGAUACUUCAAUGCUGUAACUGGGUGGUCCUUUUUAAACAAAACAUUUGUGAAACAGAGGGAUUAUUUGUUUUUAAAGCUUUUGUAAAUAAAGGCUUCAGUUUUCUUAUA